CCUGGAUCUGGGAAGGGUGCCCCAUGGGGCAGGUUUGGGGGCACGCUGGCAGGUUUUGGGGCCACCAUCCCCAGCCCUCGCUGCUCCCUCUGCCAGCACUUGCCUCAAGUCUGGGGCCACCCAGACUCAGGGCUGCUGUGGCCACAGGGCAAUGCCAGGCUGGCCCAGAGCCCAUCCCUGCUGCCUCAGGGCUCGUUGAGGUGUGCCAGGCAGCAGGAUCCCCACCACCACCACCAUGAGAGGACACAGACCAGCUGCUGCCACGGCUGCACCGGGACCCAGCCCGUGACACGGCACAGCACCCACGGGCACCUCCAUGGGGGUCACCCACUGUGAAUGAGCUGAGCCCCCCGCCUCCGCCCGACCCCCCCCGCCCCGAGCCGUGGCACCAUGCUCAUCAAGGAGUACCGCAUCUGCAUGCCGCUCACCACCGAGGAGUACCGUGUGGGGCAGCUCUACACCAUCAGCAAACACAGUCACCAGGAGAGCGAGAAGGGCGAGGGCGUGGAGGUGGUGAAGAACGAGCCCCACGAGGAUCCCGUGCACGGCCCCGGGCAGUUCACUGAGAAGCGUGUGCACCUCUCCAGCAAACUGCCAGGCUGGGCACGGGCAGUGACCCCCCGUAUCUUCUACAUCACAGAGAAGGCUUGGAACUACUAUCCCUACACCAUCACUGAGUACACGUGCUCCUUCUUGCCCAAGUUCUCCAUCUACAUCGAGACCAAGUACGAAGACAACUGUGGGGACAGCGAGAACAUCUUCCACAGUGACAAAAUCCUGGGUGACCACGAGGUUUCCUUCCUGGACAUCGCCUUCGAUGAGAUCCCCGAGCGUUACUACCGCAGCCUGGAGGACCCCCGUUUCUUCAGCUCGGCCAAGACGGGCCGGGGGCCGCUGCGGGAGGGCUGGCGCCAGCACACGCAGCCCAUCAUGUGCUCCUACAAGCUGGUGAGCGUCAAGUUCGAGGUGUGGGGGCUGCAGACACGGGUGGAGCAGUUUGUGCACAAGGUGAUCCGGGACAUCCUGCUGAUCGGGCACCGGCAGGCGUUCGCCUGGGUGGACGAGUGGUGUGGGAUGACGAUGGAGGAGGUGAGGCGCUACGAGCAGCAGACCCAGGAGGCCACCAACGAGCUCAUCGGCCUGGUGCCACCCGCCAUCUCGGUCAGCGACGUGGGGCAGCCCACGGCCCCCCGCUCGGCCCCCGCCAGUGCCCCCUCCACCCCGCUCGGCGACGAGCCCCCCGAGUUCCUGGCUCCCCCCAAGACUCGCCCGCGCAAGAAGUCGGCGCCGGAGACCCUGACGCUGCCGGCGCUGCAGGAACGCUCCGGCGCCGAGUGAUGCCAUGCUGUGCCAUGCCGUGCCGUGCCGUGCCAUGCCGUGCCGUGCCUGUCGUGCUGCCUCCCUGGCCAGGCUGUGCCAGCCCCACUGCCCACCGUGGCCCCGCUGACCGGUGGUGACCCCAGGGAGGUCCCGGCCCUCCCCAAGCCAUCGUGGGGACCCCCGUGGGACGUUGCCACCAUUGCUGUGCUGGCUGCAAGUGGGGGACACGGCAGGCCUGGCACGGUGCUGGCAGCGUCAGGUGAUGCUCAGGGGCCCGUUCACUCAGUGCCACCCACCCUGGUUUCCUUGUGGAGCGCCAGCCUGUGCCAGGCUGAGCCAGAGCAGCACCACGCAGGGAGGCAGCGGCACGGCGUGAGUGCAGGUGAGAGCCGGGUGCUGGGGCUCCACGCAGCCCCGUGCACAGCCAGUCCUGCAGCCGGGGUCCCUUUUACCGUCCCUGCAGAGGCCGUGGCUGCCGGGGGGGCGGGGGCAGGCUCAGCCCUCCCUUUCCUUUGGGAAAACAAAGGCC